GGCAUCUGGCUGUGGUAACAACGUGCUUUGAUUGUUCCACAUUGUACGCUUCCACAGAUUCCCCCCUCAUGUUAGUCACCCUCGUGAUUGACACCACAUGCCAUGGUACAAUUUGACCACCGCGAUCACACUGUGGGUGCUUUAAGACAAUCAGCCCAUCCACAGCUCAACAUUUCAAGAUGCGCUGUGGUCCUGCCAGACAACUCUUUAAGUAGCACGUCUGCUCAAUCCCUUCUUCCCAUCGUUUCACCCUUCUCCUCAUAACUAGUCAUUAUCAAGCUGCUUGGCAAUUAUUCCUGUCUAGGCUCAAAGGUCGCUCUGAAUUUUAUUACUCCUUCAUCUCUAUCAGCACCCCAAUUAUCGAGUGCUUUGCCCGAAGUGCCAGACGUCAUGCCUCUCCCCGUGCCUCCCAUCUCUCAGAUCGUGGGGGGAAUCAACAUCAACGCGGCAUAUUUGACUUCAGAUCCUCUUCACCCUCCUUCUCACUUCGAGCUGGCCAAUCCUCCAGGUGCAGAGGUAUCCAUCCCGCAACUCCCUCUACUGCCAUACGUGAACGGUCCCUUUCGUAUCUGGCGCCCUCUGUCAGCGGGAGGUUUUGCCAGCGCUAUCGGAGCUGAAGACAUAGCAUCAGGUCGCUUGCUGUGCCUCAAGGUUUUUAGGAAGGAUACACUCAAGUACCAUGGUACAGGAAAGGGUCUCCUGAAAGAGUUGGAGGUUUACAAGCGUCUUGCGUCCUCGAGGCAGUGCUGUCCUGCAACGAUAUUCUUGAUGGAAUUAGAGAUGUCCUUUCAGACAAAGAAAAACGUUUGUUUCGUCAUGGAUUUAAUGGCGAAUGAUCUAACAUACUAUAUGGACAACGAGUCUGCACAUUGCGUCAAGAAUGCUCGCAGGUGGAGCGCGCAACUAGCGCUUGGCAUCAAUGCUUUACACAACAUGGGCAUCAUCCAUCGUGAUAUCAAGGCGGAGAACGUUCUGAUCGAUAUACGACAGAACGUGCGUGUUGCUGACUUCGGGCUCAGUUAUAUCGGCGAGCCAAAACCCCUGAAUCCAUGGUGGGAUUAUUCAUCCAGCGUCAAGGGAACUGAACAUUGUAUGGCGCCUGAAAUCCUGCGCAACGUGGAAGAACCGGAUUCUAUGAAAUAUGGGACGCCCGUAGACUGGUGGGCAUUCGGAUGUGUCCUGUACCAGCUUGUUUUGCCGCCGGCCCAUAAGGAGCUCUUUGAUGGGAAGGACUCCAUAAUGAAGUAUGUUGCUUGGCACUCUGAGCAUUACGGAACAUUCGACUUGUUCCCCGCAUUUCAUCAACUUGAUUCCCUUGUGGCUGAUUUACUCGUAGGGUUGCUCCAUCCCCUUUCCAUAAUGCGGUACGGGUUCCGACAGAUUACUAGCCACUGGUAUUUCUUAAACGAUGAUGGCACAUCGGAAUUUCACGGGGCCUGCUCUCGCGCUCUCCAGCGCGAAGAAGAGCCAGAGAUGUUACCGUACUUGUGGGAUGAGGAGACUAGUGCUCAACCAGCAAAUAUCUGGUGCGCCCAACCUUCUGGGUUGUUUACGCUUCCAAAUGUAGAUUGGAGAAAGCCUGGCAGGCCAUGAAUCGUUUCUUUCCUAGUAUGAUGCUUCCAGUUUGUAACGAUUUCAUCAUGACUUUCUCUAUAUCAAGCUCUUGAUUCUACUGCGCCUC